GCAAGUCGUCGACCACCAGACGGCGUGCGACUUUUAAUCGGAAAAGACGUGAGCAUGGUCUCGAUCAUGAAACUGCUGAUAGUGCUGGUGUGCAGUGUCCUGUGCUGCACCGGGUGGGUGCAAUGUGCCGAGGAAUUCAACAUGACACAAUACCGGCUGAUGCCGCGAGUGUUUCAUUUCGACGACUAUGAUGAGUGUCUUCGAGACGAUCCGUCCGUGCCGAACGUUUACUGCAUGGUUAAGGCCGUAGUGCAACCGAACGCAUCCUCCCCCGCUUGGAACGUAAUUGCUGACUUCUCCAGCAACUGGAAACAGCACGUCAACCACGCACAUCUUGACCGUGGGCUUUGUCUCAGCGGUUGCAUCCGAUUGCUGGACGAGCUGGAGCGCGCUAACGUCACGCAGCAGGAGCUGCAGUCGUUGAUCGUACCGAAAUUUCAGAUCGAUUUCCCGUACAUCAUCAAGAACGGCACGUUUCGGGACGUGGACACGUAUCGUCGCAACUACUCGGAGCUGUUUGCGAAGUGCAUCAACUACGAGCUGCAGCAGAAGCAUGGAUUGCGUGCUUAUACAGAAAUCGAGUACUGCGACAGCAACCGGGAAUUGUAUCCGAUCGAUAAUUUGGAAAUCGCUUUUCUGGUCGUGCUGGCCAUUCUGCUGCUGGUGGUGUUUUCCUCUAGCUGGUACGAUCAUCGCUGCAAGCAGGACCACGGAUUAGACCACUAUCGCAAGGAACUGUCAAGCAAAGCCGCCAUGGUGCUGGUGUCGUUCUCCAUCAUCCGCAACUGGUAUCGGCUGACGUCCCGAGGCGAUGACUCGCUCAGCCGCUCGAUACGAUACAUCCACGCGGUAAGGUUUAUGAUUUUCAUGAUGAUCAACAUGGGACAUAACAUCCUUUACGCACAGCCCCGCACGGCCAUGACUAUCGAGCGGAAAUUCAGCGAAGUUGAUUCGAUGAUUGUUGCCAACGGUUCGCACAUUGUUACCACGUUCUUCGUCAUCAGUGCGCUUAUGCUGGUCCUGUCGCUGGUAACCAAACUGGAACAGACAGGGCGGAAAAUAGGAUUCCUUGAAAUCAUUAUGAUUUCAAUCGCUCGCUACGUUCGUCUUACGCCCGUUUAUGCUUUCAUAAUGUUUUUGGAAGCAACUUGGCUCGUGCGAUAUCUUGACGGUCCCCUGUGGCGCAAAGGAUUCGAGACGGGGCGCACGUACUGUCGCAAACACUGGUGGGUCAAUCUGCUUUACAUCAACAAUUAUUAUGCUACAGAUGAACCGUGCAUGCAACACACCUGGUACCUGGCAGCCGAUUUCCACAUGUUCGUUUACGGCCUGGUAGUGUGUGCCGUGGUACUACGCUUUCCCAAAUACCGGACGUACAUACUUUCCUUUCUGCUGCUGGUCUGCACGAUGGUUGCUGCCGUCGUGGUGUACGUGAACGAAUACGAAGCUGUGACGGUUUUACCACCGGAACCGCUCAGAUUUUUCUACUGGUACUGGGACAUGUAUCACGGAACGUACCUGCCGACGCACAUGUACCUGGUCAAUUACACGGCUGCCAUCAUGGGCUCCUUCUACAUGCUCCAUCUGCAGAGCAAGAACUUCAAAACUCCAAAGAUGUUUUCAUUACUGUGGUUGCUUGGCGUGCUGGCCAUACCGGGAACGUUUGUAGCCGGGUACUUCAUCUACAGCAACCUGUUCGACACACCGUCCGUGUGGAUGGCGCUUGUCUUCCCGCUCGGUCGCAUAUUCUACACCGCGCUCAUGUUCCUGCUCACCAUCGGUUUCAUCUUCCGCGCCAGCAAGCCCGUCCUGCGGCUGCUCAACAUUCACUUCUUCGGUAUCCUCGGACGCCUUACGUACUGUGCGUACCUGUGUCACUUUUUCAUCACGCGGGCCACCUCGUUCGGAACCAGACGGUUGGCAAAUCUGGGCGUAUUUGAGAUGAACACCUCCAGUUGGUCGACACUCGUAAUGUCGUACGUUUUCGGUUGGAUGCUCUGUCUGAUGCUUGAAUCUCCGUUUAUUGCUCUGCAGAAGAUUCUGUUCGAGAGCCUGCAUCGCAACAGCAGAUCGAACAACGCUGAAAGCAAUCAGCAUCUACAGGAGAACGUCCCAACGCCGUCCACAUUUCUUGGAGCCAAUGGGAAGUCUGCGAAGGACGAUGUAGAAUCUUACACAAACUCUACGGCACAGCAGACGGCAGCUUUAAGCGUGCAUUGAAGCAGGAUUGAACAUGUAAAGUGUUUGACAGUCCUACUCAUACCAAAUCAAAUAUCUGCGUGAGCGAGGAACUACGCUUAAGGCAGUGAUAAGGGGUAGCAUGCAAGUGAAAAAGAAAAUUCGUGCUUUUGGUUAUACCUCAUUUCAACAUGAGCUGUUACAUCAAACGAUAGGUGAUUGAUUUCCCCAAUGGAUAAACAUGAGUUCCAGUGCAAUCAAACUCUAUGAUUCCAGUUUGUCAUUGUUCCACCAUUUGUUUUCAUGAAAUUAUCGGAGAAUGAUUAGAAAUGUAUUUAGAAAAGAUUGAUUGUACAGGAACUUAUAGUUAUAAAUAGGAAAAUUAAAUAUCCUCUAGAUUGGUAGAAAAAAAAUAUUUCAGCAUGUUUGAAAAUACUUUUUAACCAAAAUUUUCUUAAUCACAUUCACGCUCUCUCUUUUCACACAUUCAUCCGUAAAAAAAUGUGCGCAAAUACUCAUUGCUUCUAUAAAAUGCAAUGGAUUUGAUACUGUAUAGAUUUCAAUCCUUACUUUAAUUUAGCUAAUAAUAAAUAUACAUAAUGCCUGCCUCUCG